GGCGUGGGAACGUGCUGGGGCUGCCACGGUCAGCAGCGCUGGGGUGCCGAGAGGAGGCGGGCGGAGCCCUCCCCGUGAAACGGUGGUCAAACAAUCAGAGGAAAUCAGAAAAGAUGUGGCCGUUUUGGGGACUGGACCUGAACCGAGUCCGCUGUGACCUGCUCUUCACAGAAUCCAUCAAUCAAAGGAUGCAGGUUCCCAACAGGCUGAAGGUAGCAGAUAGCUUCAGUCCUGUGGAUGAGGAGACAGUGACAGAGGACAUCCCUCCUUCCUUUCGGAUGCACAUCCCUGAUAGGAUUUCUCUUGCAGAAAUAUCAGAUGCCAGUCUGAGGCCCAUCCUGUUGAACCAGCAAAGGAAGGUCCCCUCUGUCAUGGAGCACAUGUCCCCAGACUGCUCUGCACAGCCUGCCCACCUCGGGGAGCUCCCUUUUCUGCACGUAGCCAGCAGAUCAAGCUCCCAGAAACGCAAGCGAUCGGGCCAUCACGGUAGCAGAUCACGGCGGGAGAGGACUCCAAGUGACUGUGCCCAGCCGGUCCUGCACAGCCCAGGCCAGCACCAGGAGCGGCCAGAUGCGUGCCCCCCGCCCGCGCGCAGUGCCCCACUCCCCCUCCUCACGGAGACGGGCAGGAUCUACUCCAUGCAGAACAUCUUCCAGACCAUGUACCUCCUGGGCCAGGUACUCUUCCACCGUGUCCAGGGCUCUCUGCAAGACCCACUGCCAUCCAGCUCCCAGGAGGCUGGCCCAGCUCCAGAGAGCACCUUGGAGGAGGUUGGAGUGGCUGAGAUGGCAGCAAUGAGAAAGCAGUUGACGAGGAUCUCGGGGAGGCUUUGCGUGCUGGAGGAGCAGUGCAACGCGUGGCGGCGGAAGGAGGCCCUGGUCUACUCUGUACUGAUCUCCGCCUGCCUCAUCAACACAUGGCUCUGGCUGAGAAGAUGAUUUCCUGUGCCCUGACCUCCCCUGCCCAACCCUGGCAGGGUGGAUGAGGGCAGGGAGAGGAUCCUUGCUUGCGUACUUGCAAACAGUAAAACCGCGUGUUUCUUCUUAACUUGACCUGCUUUUUGCACUGUAGGUCUUUGAGGAUCUGUGUCCUUUAGGUCCCAAUUACAAUGAGGGUGCCAUCUCUCUCCCAUGCUCUAGCAUCAGGGGUGGGUGAGGGAAAUGAUGAAGCUGGACCUUGUGCCACAGCAGCUGGAGAUGGGUGUUAGGGAGAGGUGGGGUACAAGGAGUAUGGCCCAGCAGGUGUAGUCCCAGGGCUGGGCUGUUGCUGCAAAUGCUCUGUGUACACUAGCAGCCACCUUGUAUGUUUGUUGGGGUCAGUGCUUGUGUGGGAAGCUGCUGAGAAGAGCCCAGGUCUCAUAAGAAAUUAGUGGCUAAUACAGGAGGUGUCUGUCCUGUACAAAGCAAUGGGAGACCCUCUGGCACUUGAACUGUCUACCAGAGGAGAGGAAAACCCAAGGUGUUUGGUGUUUGCAGACAUGAGGUCCUGUCACAGCCUUAAACUGUGAUGGGCCCAGUCCACUGACCACGUUCCAGCGUGGAUAAUUCAGUUCUGACCCCAUAAAAGUCCUCAGCCAAAUGCUGCGGUGUGUUCCUCAUCUUCCACCCCAAAAGCUUGUGUAGAGUGGUUGAGUGUUUUUAAACUGCUGGUGAGUUUUCUUUUCUUCCUUGUGCAGCUGCUUUUUGGUGAAGGUAGUACUGCCAGUUCUCCCAUGCCACAGCCCCUGCUCUGAGAGCGUGGGGCUCCCACCCCUGCAGUCACUGCUGUGCCACCAUCUCCUCGGCUCCCAUCCUGCUCGAGGCAGUUCAGCAGCAGGUUUGCAAAUAUUCAGAUCCAAAGUGACUGUAAGAGUGUUGCUGAGGUCUGGUCUUAUCCAGGAGCUUGGCUAUUUCCCAGAGAGAUUUAAAUGGGAAAACUCCUCAUGGUGACUCUGGAUUAUAAGACCUUGUACCAACUGUGAUAGCACUAAACAAGCCAUGGAAAAUUGCUCAUUUGGGCAGCAGUAUAUAUUUGUUAGGUUGCCAGUGCCAGAGGGCAGGAUUGUUCCCAGGUCUGCUGCCAAGCUGUAACUUCAGCUAUGGUGCAAGAACACAGGUGAGGGGAAUUCUUGGACCAGAUGCUCUUUAGCUAAAAACAAGCCCAGUUCAACAGCUCGGCCAUUUCAUUCCUCCUGUGGAGUUUAGUAACACUUGGAUCUGAGGUGACUUUGAGACACUUUUGGUGGUUCAUCCAGCACAUCUGCUGGAGUUGUGCUUGCAGGCUCCGGGGAUAGGUUUUGGCAUGGCUUAAGAGGACCCCUCUGUUCCACUUACAAGUAAUGGUAGCUGGAUCUGCGGGUCAUCCAGAUGUCCCAAAGCUUAUUUACAGACAUGGAUGCCUGGGUGUUUUCUGCCUGCAACCACAUCAGGCAUCUGUGACUGUAAAUCUGGCAGCUGGACACUGACUAAUAAAUAACUGUCCCACAAGUAAUUGCAGGUCUGAGCCUGUGGCUGAUAGCUGAGCUGAGGAUAGCACUGAGAUUUAUUGCAGAUGAGAGCCAGGAUGCUGUGGUGGGCUUGGCGUGCCGUGCUGUGGCAGGGUGUACGUAAGGGAUGGGAGCACUAAUGCAGGGGUGGUGUCUGUGGCUUGUGGCUUAGGGAUGCGGUCAGGGUUACCAGGGGACCUUGCAUAACAGGUCUGGUUUCUCUUCUCUGAGAAGUGCAAACGUGUUUUGGAGGAAGUAUGUGGUUUUUAAUUUUUUUUUUUAAAGCUGUAUUUAGAGUGAGAAGGGCUGACCUUCUGGGGGAGACACCACCUUCAAGGUGUGGAUUGAAGGUGUUUGGAGGAGAGGUGAUCAAACUGUAUGUGUUCUCAAAGGCUAAUUAUUGGCAGGUUGUAGGUGAUACAAUAUGACUUAAUUAAGGCAUAAAUCCUGCUGUAAAUCUGGAAACACUGACCCAUAAAAUGCCUAUUUUAAUAAACUUUGUGUGUUCUGGA